AACAUUUAGUUGGAAAAUAGGGAUCAAAGAAAGGUGUUUAGACACAGCAAGUACAACCCAAACAUUUUUAAUAAUAACAGAACAGGCUACAACCGUUUAAUUUCGUAUGCAUUCGUGAGUCUUCGUAUGGGUUCGGAGAAGCCCAGGAGAGGGGGCUGAGUCCGAGCCGCACUGAUCUCUAGGUUGCAUGUGACUAAUCGAGUUUCCCAGUGAAGUAGGCUACAAUUCAUUCCUACGGAAUGUUCACCUGAGAGAGCGAAAGCACUGCAAAAUAACAGACCGAAUCGUUUUGAGUAAUGUGGUGCCAUUAGAAGCGAAGGACGAUUGCACGGUAACCUGACUUAAAAACGGAAAUUACAAAUUCCCUGCUGAAGGAGCGUAGUUUACAAACGUAGUAAAGCCACUGGUGAAAACCCCACACAUACAAAAAGGAAAAUGGCAACGGGUGGAUUUAAACCAAAUGCACAGACAGACUUUCUGGAGGAAUGGAAGGCUAAACGGGAGAAAAUGAGGGCAAAAAUGCUCGGGGACAUCGCUGCGGCCACCGGCGCGUGCACUGGUGGUAUUUCCCCUGCCACUGCGUCCCUGGGGAGCCACAGCAACAAAAGUGAGAUGCGCAAUGCUACCUCGAACACCGAACUUAACAACAACGGCAACCCGGACCGCGGGACAUCCUACCCCAUGGCUCGCUCAUCAUCCUCCUCAGCCUUGAAGAGACCUGACGAUGACCCACACCCGACACCAGCCGUCAGAGGAGCGGAUACACCGGGGAGUAACCUGAAGAAGACACCGCAGCCGGAGAAAGUGCCCUGCACCCCACAAGAGUCCAGCCCCACUGCAUGCAAUGACCAUGACAGUGACAAGGAGAGCCCCUCAUCCAGUAAAGGCAAAGAGAAGAAAAACAGUGGUCCAAGCGCCAGGAAGGGGAAAGGACAGAUAGAGAAGAGAAAGCUGAGGGAGAAGCGCAGAUCAACAGGUGUUGUCAGCAUGCCAUCCACCGAGAGCCUGGAUGAGCUGGAUGAUGACGACGGAGGGGAUAAGGCGAAGGAGGAGGAGCAGCAGCUGACACAGCUCAACACGGAACAGAACGAAGCCAUGACCUCUGACCCAGGGGCCGCCACCCACUUACUACAGGAUACUCCAAGAUCCGGGAGUGGCCACCACCAGAGCAGCUCUGGGGGUCCUGGUUCUGAGGAGGAGGCGGGGGGGAACAGUCGACACCGCCACGGCAACCGCCACGGCAACGCCGGAGGACUGGAGAGGAGGAUGGAGGAACUGGAAAAGGAGCUGGCCAAACAGAGGCAGGAGAACGGGCAGCUGCUGAAAGCCCACCAGGAUAAAGACGACCUGAUUGGAAAGCUGAAGGAGGAGAUUGACUUGCUGAAUAGAGACCUUGACGACAUUGAGGAUGAGAACGAGCAGCUGAAGCAGGAGAACAAAACUCUCCUGAAGGUGGUGGGCCAGCUGACGAGGUAGAACCCAACGGGCCACGGAUCCCCACUUCCAAAAAGAACAAACCACCCCUCCCUCCAACGGAGUGCCCCUCCCAAGGCCUUACACCCCCUGCUCUCACCCACCCUUCCCUUUCCACCCUCGGUCCAAGUCCAGCAGCAGCAUGUCCUUUGUCUGUGUCAGUGGUGUCUCUGUUGUUGUCGCUGGGUGGAAGAGGACAUUUAAAAGUAGCUUUUAGAGCCUUUGUGUCAUAUACGCACCUUUUAGCUUCCUCCCUAAGGAUGUUUUUAUUCAGUUCUGAGGGGAAACUGAAGCCACUGAGAGCUCUAGUUCUAUUUAGAUCCAAUGGGGUGUCUAAAUGAGGUUCUGUGAUGGUAUAUUUAAUGUAAAUCUCUUGUACAUAGGCCAUUUAGAUUUGUUGUUCUUUUUGAUGAAUCUUAAAAAGGAAAAGGAAAUUGAAUGUAUGUGGUGCAUCACCGAGCACAUGAGGGAUGUUUUGUUUGUUUUAGGAACUUAAAGAGGUCUUGGACAUUUUGACUCUAAUGAUCUGUCGACCAGGGUAUAUAAUGCUUGCCUAGGUUAUGUGCAACCGGCUCUCUGUGCUUCUGUUUAUCUGCAUCAUUACAGUGUAAAUGCAUUGUCAGCCCAGUGACCAUAUUAUCCAUCUCAGCACUAAAACCUGGUCUCCAUCUGCACGUGAAACAACUGGCUCUGUGAUGGAGCCUAUGUCAUUUAGACCAAAUUCAAGACAAAAUCCCUGCUACCAUCAGCCAAAGUGGGCAUAAUGCCUUGCACGUUACGGAAGUCUUUUUUGGAAAUCCAUUAGUUCCAUUUCCCCAAGGGGAUAAAAAAAAGCCUGGUGCUUUUUCUGUUCAUGUCGAUGCCGCUUUUACUCUCUUGUUCCGAUUUAUACUUGGUACAUUUUAAUCACUGGGGUCGUUUCAGAUAAACUUAGGGUAUGCCAGUGACAUGGGUGGUGGGAUAAAGUUGAAGCUUUAUUUACUGCAUUUCUCCACAAUUUAAAAACUCUAAAAUGGUAUUCGGAGAACAAAAACAAGCUAAAUUGACUCCAGCCGUAAUACGCUAAACUGCUAUUGCCUUUUAAUGGGGAUUGGAAUGAUUUUAGUAGCCUAUUUUAUAUUGUUGGUAUUGAGCUAGGAUAUGAUGACUGCCAUACCCUGCCAUACCCAAUUGAUGCCCUGAUUUAAACCCAGGUGGUAUAUUUUCAACCUGAAGUCAUUCAAAUAUAAAUAUCCCCAUUAUAAAUCAUAAAAAGCAAGCAAUUUGUUUUCAUUAAUUCUAUGCUUUAUAGCCAUUUCAAUGUUGAAAAUGAAAUAUUAUAGUAUUGUUGAUGGGGAGAGGUCUUGAGGUUACACCCCAGUAGAAAUACAUGUGGAAUCUUUCGAAAUGCGUUUUGCAUCUGUAACUCAAGCGUUUACAGCUUGUUCUGUUUGCAAUAUUGAUAGGUGUAGCUGCUCUUGGUAUAUAGUGAGCAAGAUUUAUAGAGUAAGCUACUGCAGUGCAUUUUGUUGUAUGAUAACCAAAUCAACUGAAGGAACAUACUUUUUGAUUUCUCAAGACAGUGAUGUGGUUGUGAGAAGAUCUAUUACUUUACCCAGCUGUAUUUAGAUCAUUGCAUUACAUACAGGGGCCCAUUAUGUGCUGAAACAAAUGUGUGGCUCUUGCAUCAUGUACUCUGUAAAGCCCACUGGGUGGUAAAGAUUUUAGGUUUUAGACAUUACUGGGGUACAUCUCGAUAUAGAAACCUCUCUUACCGGUAGACACACACACACAACCCUUACAGAAAAAACACGUGAAACCGUGUGUUUUUGGAACACUUCACAUGAUGAUAUUUCACGUGUAGUUUCACAUUAACCUUUCACAUUUUGAUUCAAAUGUGAAUCUUUUUUGGGGGAUAUUUUUCACUUGAGAUUUCACAGGCGAUGCCCUGCUAAUAAAACAGAUUUGUUAGAAUGCACACACAUUGCUUUUAACAUAAUGUUUUCAACUCCCACAUUUGGCACACUUUGACAUGCAUGAUGACGUUGUUUAUGUUUGUUUAUACAGUCAUUAUUAUUCCACAUGUCCUCACCGAGGAUUUCAACUCACAACCUCUUCGUUCAUUGGCAUUCUGAUAUAUCCUUACACUUUGGACUUCAAAGUAAAUCUCAGCUUUGUUAAAAGUACAUAUUUAUCGGCGUGAUUUAGGAGUAAUGUUAAAACAGAAUAAUAUGCCCCACAAACAUUAGACAACUGUACAGAAAACCCUCAAAUUGCUGCAAUAAGUAAAUGAAUUAAACGAUGAGAGAAUAGUCAGAUUAACUGAUAAGUAAAAUAGCAGUGUAGCUGGUACUCUUUUGGUAAGGGCAGAGGUGUAGGGGAAUGCUACAGAGUUUGUGGCACAACAGAAAGAUCAGUUUACCAGAUAUCCAGACGAUGUUAGUUUAAAUCCCAGGUGGCCUCAUAUUGAAAAGCCAGUACUUAACUACUAAGUGAUCAUGUCAAAUGUAAUGAUAUUCACAUUGAGUAAAGAUUUUACUUUUUUAGUUGAACAGCGUACUACUUACUUUAAAACCCCCAUACCAUGCAUUUACUUUAAUUAUCAUCAUGUUACGUCCUGAUGAAUGGUAAAACAAAGGUCUUGAGAACAUCUUACAAACAUCCUAACAUGUUCCUCAAUGACUUUAUUGGGAUGUUGUCGUGGUCCCCUGGAGGUUUUUGUUUAGUUUCAGUUUUGUCCCAGGGAUGUCCCCAAGGACGUUGUUAGGACGUUCUUGGAAUGUUGUCAUGGUCCCCUGGAGGUUUUAUCUAGUUCCCGGUUUGUUCCAAGGAUGUCCCCCCCAGGAUGUUUUUAGCACAUUCCUGGGAUAUUGUGUCAUGGUCCCCUGGAGGUUUUAUCUAGUUCCCGGUUUGUUCCAAGGAUGUCCCCCAGGAUGUUUUUAGCACAUUCUUGGGAAGUUGUGUCAUGGUCCCCUGAAGGUUUUUGUCUAGCUCAAAUGUCACGUAGUUUCAUGCUAGUUUCACGUAGUUUCAUGUUAGUUUUGCCUCCCCAUUAUUGUCACAUUUACUCAAAUGUUGUCAAGUGUAGUUUAAUGGUGUCACUUUGACAUUUUGCUUCCCAAGUUGUCACAUUUAUUUCACAUGUUAUCACAUGUUGUUUUACAUGUCACAUGAACUUCAUGUGACUUGUUUUUUCUGUAAGGGACACACACACCUCGUUCUCUCUACAUUAUGCAUGUACAGAAAAUGAAGCCAUUUAAUAAAAGUUUGAUUAUCUCUC